AUGUCGAGCCAGAAACGUAUUACCAAGGAGUUGUCCGAGCUGACCAUCUCGCCUCCCGCUGGGGUUGCCGUAGCACUGGCGGACGAGUCGAAUUUGUAUCAGUGGAAAGUCCAUAUGGAUGGUCCUGCUGAUUCUCCUUAUGCUGGCGGCCAUUUCACGCUCAACAUCAGCCUCCCACCGAAUUACCCGUUCAAACCACCAACAGUGACCUUUACCACCAAGAUUUACCAUCCAAACAUCUCCAAUGACUCACCCCCCAACUCAGGCACCAUGUGUCUUGGCAUGCUGAAAGACUCCGAAUGGAAACCAUCUACCAAGAUGAGCGCCGUGCUAGAAUUCACUAGACAGUUGCUGAAAGAGCCUAACCCCGAUGACGCUGUGGAAUCCAAGAUCGCAGAUCAAUACCGCGACGACCGCGCCAGCUACGAGCGAGAGGCCCGAGAAUGGGUGAAGCGAUAUGCCGGAAAGAAGUAG